AGCCAACCGGAAUUCGUCCUUGAGUAGAAGCAGUUUAGGAGGCAGCUUUUGCAACGAGGUUGGAAACACCACUGUGAGUGUGAGCUCAACAGAAGUCUACUCUACAGUCAGACUCAUUCUAACCAUAGACAUUCUUACCAUAGACAGAUCUAGGGACUCCUAAGAACACAUCACCACCUGAGCCUUUAUGACUCCCCAAUGUUAUCUGGACAGAUAUAAUUUUCAUUUUCAGUAGUUAAAAGGGAUUUAUAUACACAAGUUAUCACCCCAAGGCUACAUUUGAAGAUCUUCGACUUCUUUUCACACAUCAAGAUGUUCCCUCCAGACGUGUGGAAUUCUACAGUCCUGAUGUGGUUCAAUGCGUCUGAGUUGAAUGCUUCUCUGGAGAAUCCAGAGGAGGGGGAGCACCCAUUCCUGACGGACGCCUGGCUGGUGCCUCUCUUCUUCGCUCUCAUCAUGCUGGUGGGGCUCAUCGGGAACUCUCUGGUAAUCUAUGUAAUCUCCAAACACAGGCAGAUGAGGACUGCCACCAACUUCUACAUAGCUAACUUGGCUGCCACAGACAUCAUCUUCCUGGUGUGUUGUGUCCCGUUCACAGCCACUCUCUACCCGCUCCCUGGAUGGGUAUUUGGGGACUUCAUGUGCAAAUUUGUUGCCUUUCUACAACAGGUGACUGUUCAAGCCACCUGCAUUACACUCACUGCUAUGAGUGGGGACCGCUGCUAUGUCACAGUCUACCCCCUGAAGUCCUUACGCCAUCGCACUACACGAGUUGCCAUGAUAGUUAGCAUCUGCAUAUGGAUCGGUUCCUUCAUUCUAUCCACCCCGAUUUUCAUGUACCAGAGGAUUGAGGAGGGCUACUGGUAUGGACCAAGACACUACUGCAUGGAGAGGUUUCCCUCAAAGACCCAGGAGAGGGCUUUCAUCCUGUACCAGUUCAUAGCUGCCUACCUGCUACCUGUCAUCACCAUCUCCUUCUGCUACACACUCAUGCUGAAGAGGGUGGGCCAGCCGUCAGUGGAACCAGUAGACAAUAAUUACCAGGUCCACCUGUUGUCUGAGAGGACCAUCACACUGAGGAGUAAGAUCUCCAAGAUGGUGGUGGUGAUUGUCCUCCUAUUCACCAUCUGCUGGGGGCCUAUACAGCUCUUCGCCCUGUUCCAGUCCUUCUACCCCAACUAUAGGGUCAACUACGCCACCUAUAAGAUCAAGACCUGGGCUAACUGCAUGUCCUACGCUAACUCCUCCAUCAACCCAAUCGUUUACGGCUUCAUGGGAGCCAGUUUCCGCAAGUCUUUCAAGAAGACUUUCCCCUUCCUGUUCAAACACAAAGUUAGAGACAGCAGUGUCAUGUCGCGCGUGGCUAACGCAGAAGUCAAGUUAGUUGCUGCAGAGGAAGGAAACAACGAUGGGAAAUGAAAUGAGACAUGGUCAGAGUGAGCUUCCGGGGGACAGAGCUGCUGGAGAUUCAGUUCACUGUGCACACAAACAAACAUACACAGGGUAGACUGCUGUGAAUGCACACUGCUCAACAUAGCCUGCUGUGAAAUCACACUGUUCUGAAGGCAAACACCUGGUGGAACCAGCAUUUUAAAAUGAUAUUUGAUGUUUGUGUUUGCAAUUCUACAAAAUCUGACUGAUCCUGCUCUGUUCUGAUAUCACAGACUUGAAAGGACAUUAAAGGUCCUGAACAGUCAUUCUGGUUCCCAUUUAAAAUAACAUCACCCAUAAUAUUUUUUCCUGAUAAAAAUGCCAUUUCUUUUCACUCAUGUCAAACUAGGAAGUCUGAAAAGACAUACUGAAUGGAGCUAGUAGGCUGAGUGGGCGGGGAACUCACCUUGAUUGACUAUUCUUUAAAAAAGUCUAGUAACAUGGAUGCAGUGACAUUAUCUCAAGCAUAUUUGCUGAUACACAAAACAACUCAAACAUCAUUGAAAUUGCAUGCAACUUCCAAUCCUGUCAUACAUCACAUCAUGGUGUCACACCUACUCCUGCUCCCUCCAGUGCUCCCUCCCUCCCUCCCUCCAGUGCUCCCUCCCUCCCUCCAGUGCUCGACGUCGCUGGUCUACUAACCACCGGUCCUGGCAACCCACAUUGCGCACGCCUGCUCUCCAUUAUUACACACACCUGCUCAUCAUUUGCUCCUUGAUUACUCCCCCUUUAUUUAGCCCUCCCUUGUCAUCAGUCAUUAGGUGGUAUUGUUCUCUCGCACGGUCAGUAUGUGGCUUAUGUUUGUGCUUGUUUAUAAUUUUAUUAUUAAACUCACCUGCUUCCUGGCUCCCGCUGUAUACGUUACACAUGGUUUCACAAAUUAUUUGUUUAUCCAACUGUUUGGUUAUUGUAACAGCAUCGAUAUAGACAAAUUGUUGGAUGAAUCAUUUAACUAGCAAGCCCAAAUGUAAUUGUCAGCACUGUUUAUCAAGCUAGCUAGCUAGUUCAUCUUGGACAUUUUCAGUUGAAACUGUACAGGUGUAACGGAUGUGAAAUGGCUAGCUAGUUAGCGGGUACGCGCUACUAGCGUUUCAAUCAGUUACGUCACUUGCUCUGAAACCUACAAGUAGUGUUGCCCCUUGCUCUGCAAGAGCCGCGACCUUUGUGGAGCGAUGGGUAACGAUGCUUCGUGGGCGACCGUUGUUGAUGUAUGCAGAGGGUCCCUGGUUCGCGCCCGUGUUGGGGCGAGGGGACGGUUUAAAGUUAUACUGUUACAGUGGUGCCGUGACCCGGAUCACUGGUUGCUGCGGAAAAGGAGGAGGUUGAAAGUGGGGUGAGUGUAACGGAUGUGAAAUGGUUAGCUAGUUAGCGGGUACGCGCUACUAGCGUUUCAAUCAGUUACGUCACUUGCUCUGAAACCUACAAGUAGUGUUGCCCCUUGCUCUGCAAGGGCCGCGGCCUUUGUGGAGUGAUGGGUAACGAUGCUUCGUGGGCGACCGUUGUUGAUGUGUGCAGAGGGUCCCUGGUUCGCGCCCGUGUCGGGGCGAGGGGACGGUUUAAAGUUAUACUGUUACACGGGGUGAGGUCUGGGUAACUUUCAUUAUAUAUACAGUCUGUGCAAACAUUUUGGGUAGGUGUGAGAAAAUGCUGUAAAGUAAGAAUGCUUAAAAAAAUAGACAUGUUAAUAGAUUAUAUUUAUCAAUUAACAAAAUGCAAAGUGAGUGAACAAAUCUAAAUCAAAUCCAUAUUUGGUGUGACUGCCCUUCGCCUUCAAAACAGCAUCAAUUCUUCUAGGUACACUUGCACAAAGUCAGGGAGUUUGUAGGCAUAUAGUCAGGUGUUUGAUUAAACAAUUAUACCAAACAGGUGCUAUAGAUCAAACAAUAUGUAGAUUGAAAUACAAUCAUUAACUGAAACAGAAACAGCUGUGUAGGAGGAAUAAAACUGGGUGAGGAACAGCCAAACUCGGCUCACAAGGUGAGGUUGCUGAAGACAGUUUACUGUCAAAAGUCAUACACCAUGGCAAGACUAAGCACAGCAACAAGACACGAGGUAGUUAUAUUGCAUCAGCAAGGUCUCUUCCAGGCAGAAAUGUCAAGGCAGACAGGGGUUUCCAGAUGUGCUCUCCAAGCUCUUUUGAAAAAGCACAAAGAAACGGGCAACGUUGAGGACCGUAGACACAGUGGUUGGCCAAAGCAUUCUUACUUUACAGCAUUUUUCACACCUGCCUAAACUUUUACACAGUACUGUGUGUGUGUAAAGUAUUCAGACCCUUGACCUUUUCCACAUUUUGUUACGUUACAGCCUUAUUUUAAAAUUGUUUAAAAAAUGUUUCCCCCUCACCAAUCUACACACAAUGCCACUCAAUGACAAAGCAAAAACAAGUUUUUGGACAAUUUAGCAAAAAAAAAGAUAUAUAUUAUUUGCAUACAGUAUUUAGACCCUUUGCUAUGACACUCAAAAUUGAGCUCAGGUGCAUUCUGUUUCCAUUGAUCAUCCUUGAGAUGUUUCUACAACUUGAUUAGAGUCCACCUCCGGUAAAUGCAAUUGAUUGGGCAUUAUUUGUGAAGACACACACCUGUCUAUAAGUUUCCACAGUUGACAGUGCAUGUCAGAGCAAAAACCAAACCUCGAGGUCGAAGGAAUUGUCUGUAGAGCUCCGAGACCGGAUUGUGUAGAGGCACAGAUCUCGGUAAGGGUACCAAAAAAUGUCUGCAUCAUUGAAGGUCCCCAAGAACACAGUGGCCUCCAUCAUUCUUAAAUGGAAGAAGUUUGCAACCGCCAAGACUCUUCCUAGAGUUGUAGUUGGUGCAUGUGACAAAUAAAACUAAUUCUAGGAAGAGUCUUGGUGGUUCCAAACUUCUUCCAUUUAAGAAUGAUGGCGGCCACUGUGUUCUUAGGGACCUUCAAUGAUGCAGACAUCUCUGGUUUGAUUUAAAACAAGAUUUAACUCUUUGGCCUGAAUGCCAAGCAUGACAUCUGGAGGAAACCUGGCACCAUCCCUAUGGUGAAGUAUGGUGGUGGCAGCAUCAUGCUGUGGGGAUGUUUUCCAACAGCAGGGACUGGGAGACCAGUCAGGAUUGAGGGAAAGAUGAAUGGAGCAAAGUACAGCGAGAUCCUUGAUGAAAACCUGCUCAGGACCUCAGACUGGGGCGAAGGUUCACCUUCCAACAGCAUAACGACCUGCACACCAAGACAAUGCAGGAGUGGCUUCGGCACAAGUCUCUAAAAUGUCCUUGAGUGGCCCAGCCAGAGCCCGGACUUCUAUGGAGAGACCUGAAAAUAGCUGUGCAGCGACACUCCCCAUCCAACCUGCCAGAGCUUGAGAGGAUGUAUAGAGAAGAAUGGGAGAAACUCCCAAAUACAGGUGUGCCAAGCUUGUAGCUUCAUACCCAAGAAGACUCAAGUCUGUAAUCGCUGCCAAAGGUGCUUCAACAAAGUACUGAGUAAAGGGUCUGAAUACUUAUGUAAAUGUAAAUUAUUAUUUAUUUUUUUAAUACAUUUGCUAAAAUUUCUUAACUUGUUAUUGCUUUGUCAUUAUGGGGUAUUGUGUGUAGAUUGAUAAGGGAAAAAAAAUAUUUAAUCCAUUUUAGAAUAAGAUAACAAAAUGUGGAAAAGGUCAAGGGAUAUGAAUACUUUCUGAAUGCAGUGUGUGUGUGUGUGUGUGUGUGUGUGUGUGUGUGUGUGUGUGUAAUAUCUGUCAGACAAUGUUUAUAUAUCAUGACUAACAAUGAUGUCAAGUUUAUAUGAAUUUUCUGUUUGGCAUGUCUCUUGAUGUAAUGACAUGACAACUGCAUCUGCGUUUUGGGCAACCCUUUCCAUGCUUUUGUUUCAUGCUGGCUAAAGACCUAGGUAGCCAGUUACUAGCUAACACUUAAUCUGGGUUACCCAGAAAUGAAAUUCUCACAAAAAUAUUCUCACAGUUUACACACAAAAGCUGUCCAUGAAAGAUUAGUUUACACUAGAAACACAUGAAAGCGUAAAACUCUAAAUAUCUUUGCCUUAGAUUAUAUUUGCUGUAACGCUAGUCAAACUUUGGCACCAGUAGACUAGCUACAUAGCCAUGUAAAGCUCGCCCCUCUGUGAUGUUAAAAUCACAUUUUAUUUGUCACAUGCACCGAAUACAACAGGUGUAGACAUUACCGUGAAAUGCUUACUUACAAGCCCUUAACCAACAAUGCAGUUCAAGAAAGAGAGUUAAGAAACUAUUUACUAAAUAAACUAAAGUAAAAUAAAGUAACACAAGAAAAUGACAUAACAAUAAUGAGGCUAUAUACAGGGGGUCAAUGUUUGGGGGUACAGGUUAGUCGAGGUCAUUUGUAAAGUGAUUGCAUAGUUAAUAAACAGCGAGUAGCAGCAGUGUAAAAACAAAGCGGGGUCAAUGUUAAUAGUUCUGGUGGCCAUUUGAUUAAUUGUUCAGCAGUCUUAUGGCUUGGGGUUAGAAGCUGUUAAGGAGCCUUUUGGUCCUAGACUUAGUGCUCCAGUACAUCUUGCCGUGCGGUAGCAGAGAGAACAGUCUAUGACUUGAGUGACUGGAGUCUUUGACAAUUUAUUGGUUACAAGUCGGUACUUAUUUAAAUGAGAGAAUAACACAUUACCAUUGGUGUAUUAAAAUUAGUUUUUUUGUGAUGUCACAAAAAUACCUUAAUAAUCCCACCUCCAGAAUCCAAGUGUCUGACAUGGGGGACGGGACCAGUAACUUUAUGAUCAAACUUUAGCAACGUAGAAGCAACAAUAUUUUUUCAUACUUUGGUAGUCCUACUUUGAUCUGGUUUCAUCCAAAUAUCAUUACAUUUUUUUAGUUAAAAAAAGGUGUCCACGUAGGCAGAAUAAUCACAAUGAUAUGAAAAUAAUACAAUUACACACAAAAAAGUUAUUGGAAGUCACAUACAUAAUGGGAAACCUAUUAGACACUAUGGUUAAACUGUAUGAGGAGUCCAAGGUGACAUCAAAAUGGGGUUGAGGCCAUUUUGUUAUAAGAAGUACACAUUAUGUUAACAAGUCUUUAUUAUUAACCCAUCUCAAAGCUGUGAAAGGAUUGCACCCGAUUUACACAUUUUUUCAAUGAGAGAUUUAUGAUGGUAGCUAGGAAUUCCACAUGAAUGGCACAAUGAGAUGGUCAGAAGGUACAUUUCAGGCCAAUUGAAUGGGUGUAUGUGAUGUGUCAGAGCCUGCGAAAUUAGGGGCAUAGUCAAUGAGGCGUGGUGAGUGUUUACUUUACUAUUAUGUUCCAGACUGGCACUUCCCUUUACACACUGUGCACAGGUAGCAGGAGCCAGGCCAUAUCACACCUUCACUGGCCAACCCUUACAUUCCCACAGCAUUACUUUGUGACUUAUUAGUCACCGAUCGUUUCCUUUUCCUCUGACCGCAACGUGGCUUUGUUUGAAUUGCGGCUCGAAACAUUGUACUUUUCUGGCACCAUUUUGGCAUUGAGUUGAAAAGUGAAGUUGAAAAGGGAAUAAGGGAUUUAGAAAGGAGUGAAGACAAACAUAACUAAGGUCCUUGGAAACUAGGGAAAACUGAACAGAUUGAGAUUGAAUUUUGUACAUAGAUUUUUAUAUUUUUAUUACUGCAUAUACACUUGAAUGCAGUUUAGUCCCUGUGAAAAUACGUAUUGUCUUUAGGCAUUUCAGAUGUCUGUACAUUUUCUUUUGGUUAUCACGCCACUUGUGUUUUAAAAAAGCCUUUCUUGUAGACUUGCCUUACAGUAUUUGCAGUAUUUAUUACACAGGUAUAUUGAUCUUACCCUAAGGUCUAUGACUCAUGUAAUGUUCACUGUCUUGCUAAUGCCUGUAGGCCUCAGGGUUUGGUUCAAUUUGGAAUUGAAUUGAGAAUGCCUCAAAUUCCAAUUAUAUUCUUGAAUUUGAAUUGAACUAGUAAACAGGAUCCAAAAUAGCAAUUAAAAAUUGAAAUAACGACAUUUAGGGAAUUUAAAUUCCUAUAUUAGGUAGUCUAUUCAAAUAUACAUAUUGUCCAUGAAACAUCAAACAUAUUGUUAUACACAUGCAUAUAAAAUACUGUUGAAACAAUUGAUUUUUCAGGACAAACUCUUAAAAUUUGUGAUCAAGGAAAACAAAACCUGUAUGCAAAUAUUCUGUUAUUACAUUUCAUUAAUCACUUAGAAAAAAGUUGACUUGGAGCCCUUAAAAAAUAAGCCAAACAAAUGAAAUGGUUGGUGGAAAUAUAAUUGGCUAUUUUAAGCACUAAGGUUAAAAUAGUAUUUGAACAUUGUUUCCAGAGAAAAAUGAUACAUUCAUGGUAUCUGGAAGUGUGACCUGUCAGAUACAACGAAACUCACGUUCUUUGACUGAGAGGUAUUUCUUUGAAUUGCACAGAAUUAAAUUCUACUUCCUGUGGGGUGUGGCCAUUUCAAUUCGAAUUUCAACUCAUGAGUUGAAGUCAAUUCCAAAAUUCUGAAUUGAGGCCAACAAUGAUGUGUACAGUACUGUGGAUUAAAAUUCUGUUUUUGAUUAUAUAUGUAUUUCACCUUUUUUCGGUGUAACCAGAAAUGUGAAAAGCACUUAUCGUUGCCCUUGUUACUAACAUUACAGUAUGCUAAUUUGUCCAGCAAAUGCAAACAUACAGAAGAUAAUGUACUGUAGCUUUAACACUGCUACUUGUUCAUUCGUUGCCCUGUCUUGCAACUUUACGUACACUCUGUACAUAAUACAAUUAUUAAAUUGUAUGUGUGAUUUCUGUGUUAUUUGACUUAAUGCAUUAAAGAGGACCAAUGAAAGCUUUCCUGGGGGCUUUUAUAACCUACCCAUUA